AACAACGCAGCAGACGAAAUGACUUCAGGCGGCUUGCAAGUACAUUAAUAAUAAAUGAACUUUCAACACAUGCUUCAAUCAAUUCAGGACAAUGGUGAAAUAAUGCACCGCAGCAAUAACUGGCAACAGUUACAGCUGAUGUGAAACCGCUUAUGUGAGCAGGAUGUCCAGGCAGGCGCUCAGUGUUUUGUGAGCUCAGCUCGGGGAGGCACCAGUUGCUCAGUCGCUGCUGUGAUAGUGGAUCCGUGUCUCCGUUACUGAGUGAUGACAACACAUUAUAUGAGCGCGAACUGAAGCAAUCACAGCGGAGUGACAAACGAGGGCGAAGGCGUUUUAAUUGAUUUGUGUCGACCAUGGUGGAGCUGGAGAAGGAGGUUCUGCCGCUGCCGCCGCGGUACCGGUUCCGAGACCUGUUGCUCGGGGACUGGCAGGCGGACGACAGAGUGCAGGUAGAGUUCUAUGUGAAUGAAAACACUUUCAAGGAACGUCUGAAGCUGUUCUUCAUCAAAAACCAAAGAUCCAGUUUGAGAGUGCGACUCUUCAACUUCUUCCUGAAGGUUGUGAGCUGCCUGCUCUACAUCGUACGAGUCCUGCUGGAUGACCCGCGGGAGGAGAGAGAUUGUCCUGGCUGUCUCAGACAGAAUGUCUCUGCCCACAACAGAAGCCAUUUCGACUGGUCCCUCAUAAUUUGGGUGAACAGGCCUCUGCCACUUUGGGCUCUUCAGGUGCUUGUUGCAUUCAUCAGUUUUUCAGAGACAAUGUUGCUGGUGUACCUCAGCUACAAGGGAAACGUUUGGGAGCAAGUGUUGCGCAUUCCGUUCAUUCUGGAGAUGAUCAGCGCUGUUCCUUUUGUGAUCACUGUGAUUUUGCCUUCCCUCAGAAACUUGUUCAUUCCAGUUUUCCUGAACUGCUGGCUGGCCAAACACGCUCUUGAGAACAUGAUUAAUGACCUGCACAGAGCGAUUCAGCGAACACACUCAGCCAUGUUCAACCAAGUGCUCAUCCUCAUCAGCACCCUACUCUGCCUCAUCUUCACCUGUAUUUGCGGGAUUCAGCACUUGGAACGAGCAGGAAACAACCUGACGCUCUUUGACUCUCUGUAUUUCUGUGUUGUCACCUUCUCUACGGUGGGCUUUGGUGAUGUCACACCACAGAUCUGGCCCUCUCAGCUGCUCGUGGUCAUCAUGAUCUGUGUAGCUCUUAUAGUUCUACCAAUACAGUUUGAGCAGUUGGCUUUCUUGUGGAUGGAGCGACAGAAGUCUGGAGGGAACUACAGCCGCUAUCGUGCCCAGACCGAGAAGCACGUGGUGUUGUGCGUCAGCUGUCUCAAGAUAGAUCUGCUCAUGGACUUUCUCAACGAGUUCUUUGCGCACCCCAGACUCCAGGAUUACUAUGUGGUCAUCUUGUGUCCUGCUGAAAUGGACGUCCAGGUGCGGAGAGUACUCCAUAUCCCACUGUGGGCUCAGAGGGUCAUCUACCUGCAGGGAUCUGCUCUCAAAGACCAGGAUCUAAUGAGGGCAAAGAUGGACGAUGCAGAGGCCUGUUUUAUCCUAAGCAACCGGUUUGAAGUGGACCGCUUUGCCGCUGACCAUCAGACCAUCCUCAGAGCAUGGGCCGUGAAGGACUUUGCCCCAAACUGCCCUCUCUAUGUGCAGAUCCUCAAACCCGAGAAUAAGUUCCACAUCAAGUUCGCAGACCAUGUGGUUUGUGAAGAAGAGUUUAAGUAUGCCAUGUUGGCCCUCAACUGUGUGUGUCCUGCCACCUCCACGCUGAUCACCUUGUUAAUUCACUCCUCUAGAGGACAAACAGCAUCUUCAGAGGCCUUCAAGCAGCGAGCGGGUGCCUUCCAGCCGCUCAACAGGGAAGGCGCUGCUGGCUCAGUCGACCAAUGGCAGCGCACCUACAGGCGCUGUGCGGCCAAUGAAGUGCACCACAUCAGACUGGAAGAGAGCAAGUUUUUUGGAGAAUAUCAGGGAAAGAGUUUCACCUUUGCCUCCUUUCACGCACAUAAAAAAUACGGGGUGUGUCUGAUCGGGGUGCGCAGGAUGGACACAGCCAAUAUCCUCCUGAACCCUGGACCCUGCCACAUCAUGGGAGCCUCCGACACCUGUUUCUACAUCAACAUCUCCAAAGAGGAGAACUCAGCUUUUGUCAGGGGCCACAGAGAGCCUGUGAGGGGCCCCGGGGGCGAUUCCAGAGGGGUCCCACAGACAAUAUAUCAUGGGCUUACUCGCCUACCAGUGCACAGCAUUAUAGCCAGCAUGGGCACGGUAGCCAUAGACCUGCAGGACUCGAGUGACAGCAGUCCCGAGGGCACGGGCCCGCCGGCUCUGGGCAGUGGGACUGUGAGCAGGAGCGGGUCCAGGACAGAAGUGGGGGGAUGUAACACUCUAGCUCUGCCAGCCAUGGGUGGCUCAGCCGAGGAGAGGAGGCACAGCAUCGCCCCCGUCCUGGAGGUGGUUGACAGAGUGCACAACCCUACGUUUGACCUACUGGGGGACCAAUCAGAGGAUGAGGGAGGAGAGGAGGGGAAGGAGGAAGAGGGGGGAGAGCAGAAAGGCCAAUGGUGGGGAGCACACUGCGAAUGGGUUAAAGGCUACCCACUAAACUCUCCAUACAUCGGCAGCUCCCCUGCCCUCUGCCACCUCCUUCAGGAGAAAAUGCCAUUUUGCUGUCUGCGCCUUGAUAAGGCUUGUCAUCAUAUGCCCUACGAGGAUGCUCGCUCGUACGGCUUUAAAAACAAACUGAUCAUCGUGUCCGCGGAAAGUGCUGGAAACGGCCUCUAUAACUUCAUAGUUCCGCUGCGGGCGUAUUACCGGCCCAGGAAGGAGCUCAACCCCAUUGUUUUGCUACUGGAGAACGUACCCGAGGCAGACUUCUUGGAGGCCAUCUGCUGGUUUCCUAUGGUCUACUACACAGUGGGCUCCAUCGACAAUUUGGAUAGCCUUCUGCGAUGUGGCGUGACGUUGGCUGACACCAUGGUUGUGGUGGACAAAGAGAGCUCCAUGAUCGCUGAGGAGGAUUACAUGGCUGAUGCCAAGACCAUAGUUAAUGUUCAGACGCUCUUCAGGCUUUUUCCAGCUCUCAGUAUCAUAACCGAACUCACCCACCCAGCCAACAUGCGCUUCAUGCAGUUCAAAGUGAAAGACCACUAUUCUCUAGCUCUUUCUAAGCUGGAAAAGAAAGAGAGAGAGAGGGGCUCUAACCUGGUGUUCAUGUUCAGAUUACCGUUUGCGGCUGGGAAGGUGUUUAGUGUCAGUAUGUUAGACACUCUGCUGUAUCAGUCCUUUGUGAAGGACUACAUGAUCUCCAUCACCCGACUGCUGCUAGGUCUGGACUCCAUGCCUGGAUCUGGCUUCCUGUGUGCUAUGAAGAUCACAGAGGAGGAUUUGUGGAUUCGCACUUACGGCCGCCUUUACCAGAAGCUGUGCUCGUCGACUGGAGACAUUCCCAUCGGCAUCUACCGUACCGAAGCACAGAAACUUCCUGUCUCAGAGUCUCAGGUGUCCAUCACUGUGGAGGAUUACGAGGAUACGCGGGAGCCCCGUGAGCCUCUGCUCUGCCGCUCCGGUCUUCACCGUAACUCAACAUCAUCCGAGCCGCCCUCCUCGUCCUCCUCAUCAUCACAGGCCAUGGACCACCCGCUCCUGAGGAGAAAGAGCAUGCAGUGGGCACGUCGAUUGAGUCGUAAAGGUGGACGGGGCUCCAGCGGGGCCAAGGGCGUCGGGAGCGCUGCGGAGCGCAUCAGCCAGCAGAGACUCAGCCUGUUCCGCCGCUCCGAGAGGCAGGAGCUCAACGCUCUGGUCCGCACACGCAUGAAGCACCUGGGCCUCUCGCCGUCUGGAUUUAAAUCAGAAUCAGAAAGAGCUUUAUUACCAAAUGGGAUGACGGACCCGGGAAACAGACUGUCCUAUAUUCUUAUCAACCCUUCCCCUGAUACACGCCUGGAGCUCCAUGAUGUUGUGUAUCUGAUCAGACCAGAUCUUCUGUCACCAGUGCCUAACCAGUCCGGCGCUCGAAAGCCUAGCGCAGGGCCAGCGGAGGGACACAGAUUUGACACACAGGACAGCACUCAUCUAUGAACACAAACCCUACAGGCUUCCAGUGCGAGAAUCACCUCCCGAGAAGAUGGGGCAAACUGAUGUUUGUGUGCGUGUACACUUGGGAGGGAGAGAGAGAGAGGGAGAAGUACCUGUGCAGAUGGGACUGUGAGCUGAAUAUACACUGUAAAAAGUGAUCUUGCUUUUAGUGGCCUUCACUCUACUUUCAUAUCAACUAAUCAAUACAACUGAAGUUGUUGAGAAAACACGAUUUCAAACAAGGUUUCAUUGAUUUAACUAAAGGAUGCAUUUAACAAAACCUGUCAAGAGCCCGUCUAGGUCACAUUUCAUGCCAAAAUUGAAAGAAAAACAUACACUUUGCAUAACAAAAAAAAACUUUUUAGGACAAGUUAUUAGAUGUUUUGAAUGACAAGUAGAAAACAAAUUUCCCGCCCAAAUUAUCAUUAUUGUAAUACGUCAGGACAUUUAGCUUUUUUUCUUUGUAAUUAGCACUCUCAAUUAUUAUUUUAAUUAUAUUUCAAUUACAUUUUACUGUAUUGUAAUAAAACAGUGUAAUGCUACUUACAGUACAAGAAAUACUACCAUGAAGCAUUAUAUCUAAAUUUCAGCUAUUGAUGGGUGUUUUGGAAACAUUUGCAAAUCAUUUUUGAACCAGUGAUUCAGAGCUCGUAUCAAAUUGCCAAAGUCACAUGAUUUCAGUAAAUGAGGCUUCGUUACAUCAUAAAAUAACAAAAAAAAGCGUAACACAUGUUUAAAGACAAUACAGGUCAAAGAGAAGAACCCAACUGAAGGCUUGGCUAAGGGGGCGUUUACAUGACACCACUUGCAACUAAAAAUGGAAAACUUCGUAUGCGUUUUGGCCAUUCAUAUAAACGACAAUGGUGCAAGGGGGCCUGAAAACGUAAGCUUUUGAAAUUGUGUUUCAAAGUGCACGUUUUUGAAAACGAUACUGCUAUUGUCUGCAUAUAAACAACAAAAACGCAAAUUUGUGAAAACGGUGACAUCAUGCGCAUGCGAAUUACAUGUUGGAGCGUUUCUGUACGAAUUGAUUAACUGUACUGGCAUGAUUAACACAGUGUUUUAGUCAUUUUUGCAGAUCCUUGUGAACAGGGAUAGUUUUGACAAUGUUGUUGCCUGUACGCGAAAAAGAAAAGGAAAAACGCUUCCGUUUUUAGUACAUCAUUGUGGAACCAAACAAGACACAGGUGAACUUAAUCAAUAAGUACUCACACAAACCAACUAGCCAUGGGAACAAAGAGAACAGGCAGGAAGGAAAACAACAUAAGAGUCCACACGCAGAACAUAACCGUUACAUAUCCCAUAUAAUAUUGUCUUAUACUGUAUAUUUUACAUCAAAAACAUUUUAUUUUAAUUUAAUGGUAAUGUAAGAAUUGGUAGAAAAGCGCUUACUUUGUUUACCAGAAAUUAAGUCGGCUACUCUUUAUUUCAAUUGUCCACUUUCUGCUAACUAUGAGUUGUCAACUAACUCUCAUUAGAGUAUUAUUGGACUGUAGUAGACUGUUAGGUUAGGGUUUGUGUUAGAAUAAGUUGCACCUUGCCCUGCCGGUAACCAUUAAAACCAUUACAAAAUGGUGUCCAUUACAUAGUGUGUUUUGGGCCAUAUUCUCUUAGGAUGUAUUGGUUUGUAUAGGUUUCCAUUACAAAUUUGUAUUGGUAAUGAUAUAUUUAAUGGUUUCCAUUACAGUUUGUAUUGGUUCUGAUUUGUAAUGGUUUCCAUUACAAACAUGUAUUGGUCAUGAUUUGUAUAUAUUUAAUGGUUUCCAUUACAAAUUUGUGUUGGUCAUGAUUUAAAUAUAUUUCAUGGUUAGGACAACCUACGUGUGUGGGUCAGGUUUUGACCUGAUCACUCCCGACAAGAGCUGUUAAACCUGAAAUCACAUGGGACCAAUGUUUUGACCAAUGGCUAUGACCAGUUUUUAAAAACUGUAUCUAGCCUAUUAAUUAUGUGUAGCCUACAUUAAAUCAUUAUCAUCAAUCCAAAGGAAACACUCAAUUUAUUGGAGUCCUAAUGGUUCAUAAUGGUGUCCAGUAGAUACCAACAUGUAACCUAUAAUUUUCAAAGGUGUUCUAUUGGUCCUUAAUGGUAUCCAAU